AUGGCAGGAGGGGGAGAGAAAGCGCAGCGAGGAAUUGAGCAUGCGCGGGGAGGAGGAGAGUGGGAGCAGCGAGAGCGAGAGCAGGCGUACGUCUUUGCAUCAACAUCACUGCUCCUCUCAUCGUCGUCACCGGAAAGCAGCAUCACAGCCUCCGCCUCGCAGCAGCUACGCAAACGUAGACUGAGGAGGGGCAGCAGCAGAGAAAACGGCAGCUGUUUUCGGAGGCAUGGCCUGAGUCUCAGCGCCAGACAGACGUGGAGGCUGAGAUCCAGCAUCAUGGGGAACCAGGAGGGGAAGCAGAAGAGGGGGAAAGAGGGGGAAGGAUACGGACUGGACGCAGCGGACGAUACCACCGGAGGGCCUCGCGACGCUGACGGCACAAAGAAAGGAUUUCACAACGGCAAGAAAUCCCACGGAAAACAUGUCAAAGGAGGGGAGGAGAAGAGCAAGAAGAAGAAGGAGAAGGAGGCGAAAUCCUCGGUGUUCUCCAUCAGGAAGAGGAAGAAUCUAAAGGGGAAGGGAUCGACAGGGGGAUCCAGGGAGGAUGUGUUGUCGUCUCAGAAUGAGCUGGACUCUGCUCACUCUGUUAACACCAAAACACCAGACCUCUCUCUGUCAGCUGAUGAGCUGGGCCCGUCUGACACCGAGGGACCAACAGAGCGUGGUGAAGGGCAUGGUGGUUGUAUCAGGACAGAGAGCCGGCAGCCCACGGCGGCGACGACCACGGACACUGCUCCAGACCAGCAGGAGGAGGUAGAACAGAAGAAGAAGAGCAGCUCUGGUUCAGACACGGACAUCUAUAGCUUUCACUCAGCUGCAGAACAAGAAGACCUGCUAGCUGACAUCCAGCAGGCCAUUAGACUACAGCAGGGGGUGAUUAUCUCCACCGCUGAGCUGAGUGAAGAGCUGGGUUGGGGAGGGGGGUGGAGGAAACAGAGGUCUGACGAGGUUAGAACUACCCCCAGCCCCCCUGAACAGACCCCCCCACCGGAGCCUCUCACUACCCCAGAGGCAGCCCCUGUCACUGGCCGGGAGAAUGGCCUGCUUUCUAAACUGUCUCUCUCCCUGGAUGGGCCGGAGGAGGAGAGGAGAGCAGCCACGUCUGCAGAGAAACUCAACUGGGAGCUGAGAGGGGCUGAAACAGAACCGGCCCUUUGUGCCUCCUCUUCCUCCGGGACAAAGGAGGAGGAGGAGGAGGCAUUGAGCUGCCAGGAGGUGAAUGCUAACACUCAGCCCCCAACAGCCCAGACCAACGGCCAUGUUACCAAGACAACCAGCGCUACUAGCUUCCCAGACCUCACAGCCUCUUUUGAGAGCGCUGUGGAGUCUCCUUUCAGAGAUGAGGAGAAGGAAGUGUUGGAGGAGGUGGAGGAGGAGGAGGAGGAGGAGGAGGAGGAGGAGGUGGAGGAGGAUGACGACCUGGACCUGGACAUGCCGCCUCUGUCAGCCGAGAGCCAUAGUCACAGUGACGCGACCACGAGCCACGAGGACAUAGGCCUGAGCUCUGGGAACGCCUCCGAGGCAGAGGGGAGGAUAGGGGACUGGGUAGGGGCAGGAGUGGGGGCUGCAGUCAGUGCUGAGUCCUUGGAGUGUUUUAGCAGGGGGGAUCUGAGGUGCUCUGAGCCUGCAGACGACCCCCUGAUCACCCGUAGGAGGAAGAGCAGUGUGUCCUUCUCCCCCUGGCCCUCUCAGGAGAGCCCUAGCCUGGCCACACGCCUCCUCAAGUCCACCCUGACCUCCACCCUUCCCUCGUACAACCACUCCUCCGCAGGCUCCAGCCCCACAGCCAAACUCUACCCUCCCAUUUACCCCUCCUACAUCAAGACCACCACAAGGCAGCUCUCUAACUCCCCAGGCACCUCGCCGUCACAGAGCCCCUUGUUCCACCGACGCUGCCACGACCUGGGACACCGCACGGAGAAGAGGAGGGUUAGACGACAGCGCUCCCACAGCAUCGCUGGUCCCCUCAGCUGGUCUGCAGACUGGACCGAGGAGCUGGAGAGGGAUCGCCCCACCAAGGCCGGAUCAGCAGACUACCUGGAGGGGUAUGGAGGGUCGCAGGACAGGCUGAGGGGGGCCAGCCAGCCACUGUGUGCCACGCGGAGGUCCUCCACCGGACAGGUGUCUACCUGCAGCUUCCACGACAUCUUCACCGGUCGUACUCUCCUAGAGAAGUUGUUCCUUCAGCAGGAAGAUGCCCAGCCAGAGGAGGCUGAGAAGCUGUGUUCUAGGAUUCUGGCGAUGGGGCUGUUACUGCCCUUCACUGACUGCUUCAGAGAGCCAAUAGGAGGGUCCAACCCACAACUCACGGCACCAUGCAAGUUCCACCAAGACCAGCUGUACACGUGGGCAGCGGUCAGCCAGCCCCCCAACUCCAUGGAACACUUUGAGGGCCGGGCCCCCCUCCCUGGGCACCUGAAGACCCUGUGGCCCCCACCCAGACCUGUGGGAGAAGAUAGACCAGGCCUCCAGUACACCGAGGAGGUGGGUGAUGAAGGACACCAGGCAGCCAUCCUGGGGCUGAAGAGACAGCAGAGAGAAGCAGUCAACGAACUUCAGGAGGAGUCAGUGAUGAAAACAGUGAAGCUGAAAGAGGAGCACGUCAACGUGAUCCAGCAGUUAGAACAGACCAUCGAGGACCUGCGGACUAAGAUAGCUGAGCUGGAGGAACAGUGCCCCCUGGAGAGUGGUGGGGAGGGGGGUCUGUACAGGGAGGUCUGUCAUGUAGACCUACAGACUGAGGAGAGGAUGGUGAAGGAGGUCUGUCAUGUAGACCUACAGACUGAGGAGAGGAUGGUGAAGGAGGUCUGUCAUGUAGACCUACAGACUGAGGAGAGGAUGGUGAAGGAGGUCUGUCAUGUAGACCUACAGACUGAGGAGAGGAUAGUGGAGGUCUGUGAUGUAGACCUACAGACUGAAAGUCUUCUGAGUUGUCUAGAGGCCAAGUCUGUCCAGACGUCGCCUAUGGAGGAAAGCUUUAAGUUUAAAGUGCCUUUACCGGACCAGAUGCCACCCUUCUUUGUAAAGGAGAAUGGAGGAGUGACCACCUUGUCUUCCUCCUGUCAACCUAAUCUCCCCUCAGAACUGGCCCUGUCCCUACCCAUACCCUUCUCCCCCAAGGCCGGACCAGCAUUUGUCUGUACGUGCCAACAGCAGCAACAGAGUGGCAUUAAACCACCUCCUUUACCAGGGGGUAUGAUGCCCCCUCCACCACCUCCUCUACCAGGGGGUAUGAUGCCCCCUCCCCCACCUCCUCUACCAGGGGGUAUGAUGCCCCCUCCCCCACCUCCUCUACCAGGGGGUGGCUGUGGCCCCCCACCUCCUCCACCAUUACCUGGGAUGGGCGGUCCUCCUCCUCCUCCUCCACCCUGUGGCUUGGGCUCCCUGGUCCCUCCCCUGCCCAUGGGACUGUAUGCUCUAAGCAUGGCCCAUGAGAAACCUCCCCGGAAAGGAGUGGUGGAGCCUCCCAGGCCCAUGAAACCUCUCUACUGGACCAGGAUACAGCUCAACUCGGCUCAACACAAAAAAGAGGCGAGCGUGUCGCUGGUCUGGGACAAGAUAGAGGAGCCUGACGUGAACUUUGAGGAGUUCGUGGAGCUGUUCUCCAAGACUGCUGUGAAGGAGAAGAAGAAACCCCUGUCUGAUACCAUCACCAAGUCUAAAGCCAAACAGGUGAGAUCUGAUACCAUCACCAAGUCUAAAGCCAAACAGGUGAGAUCUGAUACCAUCACCAAGUCUAAAGCCAAACAGGUGAGAUCUGAUACCAUCACCAAGUCUAAAGCCAAACAGGUGAGAUCUGAUACCAUCACCAAGUCUAAAGCCAAACAGGUGAGAUCUGAUACCAUCGCCAAGUCUAAAGCCAAACAGGUGAGAUCUGAUACCAUCGCCAAGUCUAAAGCCAAACAGUCAGCCUCCAGGCUUCCUGCACAAUGUCGGGCCAGCACAACCCCGGUCCACGGCUGGGUGUCGGCCCGCCAGCAGGCUCAGCACUUCCUCAGUUCACGACUGACCCUGCUGGGAGGCCAGCACAACCCCGUCCACGGCCGGGUGUCGGCCCGCCAGCAGGCUCAGCACUUCCUCAGUUCACGACUGACCCUGCUGGGAGGCCAGCACAACCCCGUCCACGGCCGGGUGUCGGCCCGCCAGCAGGCUCAGCACUUCCUCAGUUCACGACUGACCCUGCUGGGAGGCCAGCUACCAACCCUGAUCCACGACCGGGGGGCUGGCCUACCAGACUACCAUCCACGCCAAAACGCUCAUAAUAACUACUACCCCUUCUGA